CCCCGGGCGGGCGCCGGGGCUGGAGCCGGGGUUCCGGCCGCGAUCGGCUGCAGCUCGGCCGGGAGACGGCGCGACCCGGCGGCGGGGCCAGCCGCGAGUCCAGCGCCGCCGCAGCCCCCCAAUGCAGCCGCGGGAAGCAGCAGGGGGGGCAGGCGAUCGAAGGGGUAAUCCUGGCUCUGCACUGAGGAAUUAUCUCUGAUGGUGUUCGGGAGACCAUAUGGGAUGCUGGGAAUCGAACCCUGGUCGGCCACGUGCAAGGGUUGGCGCCAGUUCAGUGAUUAGUUUUACCGAGAGCAUCGCAUCAUGCAAAUGACGCAUGUGGGUGCGAUUCCCUUUUCUUCGAUGGACCUUGCUUCUAGAAGGACCCUCCCUCGAAGGCCAGCGUUCUUGGGAAGAUGGAGGCCUCUCUCCCCUGCCUGUGAGUGAAGCAAUGCUGACCUCUGUCUCCUGGACGUUCUGACUCAGGAGCCUGCAUGUAAAUGGGCCCAGUCAUGCCGCCCAGUAAGAAGCCAGAAAGCUCAGGAAUCAGCGUGUCCAGUGGGCUGAGUCCGUGUUACCGGGGCAGCAGCUUCUCCCAGGCCCUGCAGGAAGAUGAUGACCUUGACUUCUCUCUGCCCGACAUCCGACUAGAGGAGGGGGCCAUGGAAGAUGAGGAGCUCACCAACCUGAACUGGCUGCACGAGAGCAAGAACUUGCUCAAGAGCUUCGGGGAGUCCGUCCUUCGGAGCGUCAGCCCCGUCCAGGACCUGGAUGAUGACACCCCUCCGUCCCCCGCCCACUCUGACCUGCCCUACGAUGCCAGGCAGAACCCCAACUGCAAGCCCCCCUACUCCUUCAGCUGCCUCAUAUUCAUGGCCAUCGAGGACUCGCCCAGCAAGCGCCUGCCCGUGAAGGACAUUUACAGCUGGAUCUUGGAACAUUUCCCCUAUUUUGAAAACGCACCGACUGGGUGGAAAAACUCGGUGAGACACAACCUGUCCUUGAACAAGUGUUUUAAGAAAGUGGACAAGGAGAGGAGUCAGAGUAUUGGGAAAGGGUCCUUGUGGUGCAUAGACCCAGAGUACAGACAAAAUCUCAUUCAGGCUUUGAAAAAGACACCUUAUCACCCACACCCACACGUGUUCAACACGCCGCCCGCCUCUCCUCAGGCAUAUCAAAGCACACCAGGGCCCCCCAUCUGGCCGGGCAGUACCUUCUUCAAGAGGAACGGAGCCCUGCUACAAGAUCCUGACAUUGAUGCUGCCAGUGCCAUGAUGCUUUUGAAUACUCCCCCUGAGAUACAAGCAGGUUUUCCUCCCGGAGUGAUACAGAACGGAGCUCGAGUCCUGAGCCGAGGGCUGUUUCCCGGGGUCCGGCCAUUGCCAAUCACGCCCAUUGGAAUGACAGCCGCCGUGAGGAACGGCCUCUCCAGUGGCCGCGCGCGGACUGAGAGCGAGCCCCCCUGCGGCUCCCCGGUGGUCAGCGGCGACCCCAAGGAGGACCACAACUACAGCAGUGCCAAAUCCGCCGCCGCCCGGAGCACCUCGCCUGCCAGCGACUCGGUGUCCUCCUCCUCGGCCGACGACCACUACGAGUUCGCCACCAAGGGCAGCCAGGAGGGCAGCGAGGGCAGCCUGCGGAGCCUGGAGAGCCCCAGCGAGGCGGAGGACGAGGAGCAGAGACGCAGCGCCAAGGAGGCCCCCGGGGACGGCGCGCCCCCGCACAAGAAGCGCCAGCACCUCGCCAAGGCCAGGAGGGUCCCCAGCGACACGCUGCCCCUCAAAAAGAGACGCACGGAAAAGCCCCCCGAGAGCGACGACGAGGAGAUGAAGGAGGCGGCGGGGUCGCUCCUGCACCUGGCAGGGAUCCGCUCCUGUUUGAACAACAUCACCAAUCGGACGGCAAAGGGGCAGAAGGAGCAAAAGGAAACCACGAAAAAUUGACAAACAAGUCACUGAUUUGUUUUGAACUUAACGGCCAUUUGGUUUCAGCAUGUCAGGAGAUUUCUAAUGAUUUGUGGCAAUAUCAGCAAUUUACUUUUUGUUUGUUCUUCUUUUGCUUUCUUUUCCUCUUUCGGUUUGGUUUUCUUUUUUUUCUUUCUUUCUUUUUUUUUUUUUUUUUUUGGUUUAAUUUUGCGCCCUCUCCCCUGUUUGUUUUGGACCCUUAAGAAUUUUAUUUUUAAAGGAGAUUGAAGCCAUAGAACUCAUAUUGACACUCAGCUGUUUUACAAAAGCUUUUCAUUAUCUGAAGACAAAACCGAAAAAGCCAAAACUACCAUUGCUUCCUCCGGCUUGCAGGGAGUCAGCAGAGGCCCGAGUAGGUGCCAGGCGUGCAGGUGGGAAUGGAUGGGGGGUCUGCCCAGCUUGGGCACCUCUGAGCAGUCCCCAGCGCACUCAGGCAGGUGGGCAUCAGGCAGGGGGGAGGAGGAGGAACCCGGGUCCUCUUCUCCCCACCAGAACAGACCCCAACUUGUAGCACCAGGUGCACCUCGUUGCUCCUGGAAAUAAACAAACAAACAAACAAAAAAAACAGGCAUGACCACGCAGGGCCCACGGGGGCUGUGUCCAGUGCUCCCUGCCUUUACCCCAGAAGCCUCAUCACAUCUCCCAAGGGGACAGUGGCCAGUCCAAAUCCACCAGGUAACCAGUGGCCAGUGAGAAGUGGGGUCCGUUUCUAGCCAAGUCGAUAACCAUAGAAUUCUGUUCCACAUUCAGUUAAGGGAGUGUUCCCUGGGGCAUAAGGCUGAAGGUUGACACACGUGCGCUCACAUCAACGCACACACACACACACACACACACACACACAUAGCCACAAAUACAGACACACACACACAUACAUGCAUGCAGACAUAUGCGCACGUACACAAGAGAAAAUAAAGCCCUCUCGUCUUCAGGGCCCAAGGGAAGAAGUCCCAGAAAGUUCAGCCGCUGUUAGGGAAGGAAAUAAUGGUACAAAUCUUUUUCUGUCUGUCAAAACUCUUUGAUCCAAGUUUAAAAAAAAAAAAACUUAAAAAGCUAUGGAACCUGCCAUUAGUAUUGUGAUAUAUUUUUAAAAGAUUAAAGGCACAUUGAUGGAUUAAAAGUAAAGCUUGGCGGGGGUUAGGGAGGUGGGAGGGAAAACUCCUUAUACUGCCCUCAAAAUGGAGUUUACAGUUCAUGUGAGCCAGUCAGGAUUCAUCUUUGCAAAAAAAAAAAAAAAAAAAAUCAGUGAUUUUCCACAUCCAGCCAGUGUAGCCAGCCGAUUUCUGAUCCACAAUGCAUGGAUUCCUUUGAAAAAAGAAAAAAAAAGAAAAAAAAAUCAUAAAAAACACAAACUUUUUUUAUUAAAAAAAUAACAAAGUUCUUGUAAGGUAAAUAAUGUAUUUAGCAUGAAGCAUGAAUUAUUUUCAUAUAAAUAUAGAAAAUAGAGAACAGGCUAUGCCUCUAAUUUUUAAGCCCUUGGGCUUAGAGGUUCUUUUGGUUUUCCUCUUUUAUUUUUUUUUCCUUUCAUUAUUUUCUUUAAUUUGUUUUGUUUUGUUUCGUUUCUCCUUCUGAUUUUGUUUCGGUUGUUUUGAAGCAGGUGUUUAAGGUUUAACCUUCUUCAGGGACAAAUUCUGACUGUUGGGGAACUAAUACUCUGCAAUAUAAAAUCUCUUCAUGUUCUGGUCGGGCCUGGAUGGUGGGACUCUGUUACUGCCUCAUCUGCACUGCAGCCCCCAAGCCCCUCUUAACUCUCUGUUGAAAAGUGUGUCCUUUUCUCUUUGUCUGUCCACGUUUACCACGACGCAAUAAUUGGAGGGCAAACUUAGGAGUGAGUGUGUGUGAUAGAGUCAAGAGAACUGCGGGCCGCUGAGGGGAGUGGGUUCCAGGAAGCAAGCAGUGACUCAUUAUGCAAAAUUCGUCAGGAGAAGGGGGACACCCUCCCCCCACCCCGCUAAUGGGCCUUAUGGAUGAGGGUGUGAGGUAGGGGUUCACAGGAAGGAGGAAGUGACCUAGGUUUGGGCAGGACCAGCUCCCCCUCCGUCUUGAGGUGGGGUGCAGGGGGUCUGUGGCCAUCCACCCACCCCGGCACCACACAACCCACCCGGAGUGUGACAGCUGUCAGACCGUGUCUGUCACCGCAGGCCAGAGACUCCUGUUAACUUCUGCCGAGGUGGAAUUACCGGGGGGGGGGGGGGGGUCCAAAGAGAAAUCUCUAAAAGCAUCUGGUCUCCCACAUGAGGGGGGAUUUUAAAACACAAACCACACUCACGGCCGUGGCUCAGGAUGUGGUAGUGGGGGGAAGAGGAGAAUGAGGGUGAUCUUGAUUUUUUUUUUUCCUUAAAUGGGACAGUGGAGGAAACCUCCCCCUGCCAGGACCUGGGAGCUCGGUUGAGGAGACAGCCUAACAGACGGACGCCCGCCCCCACUGUCCAACAGGCCGAAAAAUCUCUCCCGGACCCCAGUUCUCCCCUACGGGUGGGGACCCGUUUCGGAGCAGGACACAGUUUUUGAAACGUUCUGCCCCUUGCAUCUUCCCAGACCUCUGGCACCCCCCUAAAGCCAUCCACAACUGCGGGGGCCAGGGUGACACUUCCGUAGGGUACCUGACCCAGACCCAGCACCCAAAGGUCUCCCCUCGCCCCACCCGGUGCCACAUAAUUCAGACUUCCCUCCUGAAAGGCAGAGGCGAAGGUUCAGGGCUGUCUCUGGCAGGACACUUCCUCCCGUGCAAACCCCACUGUGGGCUGCUCCCCUCGUGACGUUUUCUAAAGGAGCAAAGGGCCUCUUUUAGGAGAUAAUAAAAUGCAAUGUGUGUGAUUUACUUUUCUGAUCUCUUUGAGAAAUAGAUAAAUAUAAAAGUGGGUUCUUCUCUCCAGAAACCACUCUUUUUGCAUAAAUACCUCAUCGGGCAGCUUUCUAAGUGUUAUUUCCCCGCGAGCCCCUCAGCGGCGCCUCGGUGGGUGGGUUGCCCCCGAGGGGCCCGCUGGGAAACUUUAGUGAGGGUACCUUUUUCUAUUUUUCUUCUGUUUUUGGAGGCAUACACAUGAUGCAUAACCAAAACAAUGGCUCAAUUGUGUUGAACUUUGUAUUUUGAUUGUUGAGAAAAACAAAAACAAACAAAAAAAAAUCGCUGUGUAUGUGGCCGUGUGUAGUCAAGUCCACGGCGGACCGCGGUCCCGCCCUUGCGAGGCCCAGGGGCAGCCGGUGCCCUCCCCCCUCCCUCCACCUCCUCCAAGAGCAGUAGAGAACUUAAGCACAAGCCUCUUUGUGAAAGACUAUUUUGCUCAAGUGUAAUUCACUUUAGUCUCGGAAUCCCUUUCCCACACGUCAGGUGUCCUUUUAGCUUCCAAACUAGCGUCUCUGUAUCCUUGCGUCUGACAGGCGCCCGAGCGCCGGGCGGGAAGUGUGCUGUCCUUGGCUUUCAUUUCUCCUGCCGGGAGAAGUGGCCUUUCCUGUGUCAUUCCAGUAUCUCACAUACUCACCUGGGGUGGGGGGGAGGGGGACGCGGGGAACUAUAGCAAUAUUUAAAGAUGCUUCGGGAAACCACCGUGUACACACAUCCAGCACCAUAACAUCUGCGAGUACUUGCCGUUGGCCCUCGGACCCAUUUAGGAGGAGGAGACCCUGGCUCCUUUCUCUUAAGUGAUAGACACAUAGUUAUUUUUAUGCUACUCCGGUUGUCUCUUAUCUGUACCUAGUACUCUGUGAAAAGGGUUUGCAUCCUCCAUUUCCCCCCCAGCCUUAUACUAUCCCACAAGCUCCUCUUCCCCUGCCCUCUCUAAUCAGAUUCUUUUCGAGAGCUCUUUGGUGACGCUGUCUGGAAACAGGAUGACCAAACCCAGAGUGAGGUGGUGCUUUCGCCAGACCCCGGGGCAGGUAACCCGGGCAAGGAAGAGUGUGUGGGAGGCCUCCCCCAGGGACCGAAUGAUGGUUCUUGUCAAGAGAUGCUGAGCUCAGCGUGGGCACGGCCGGUACCCUCCAAGGGCAGUCAGGGGGAGGCUGCAGCUGGAACAGGCUGCCCCGGUGGGUCACAGCUUCUGGCCACGGACUGUGUUGAGGACCUGUCUUCUGGUUGGCUUGUGUCCGGUUCCAUCCUGGGACAUGGCUGGACAUCAGAGCUAGUGACUUAUUGGACUGAUGCCGUGGUCUGGGGGCCGGGGAUGAAGGGGCGAGGCCCUUCAUUGAAGGAUUCUUGGGAGAGGAGUCGGUGGAGGGUGUUUCCAGAUGGUGUUCGAUCCAUGCAAUGUGAUUUCUCUUGCCCUUCCAACUUGAUUCAGGUGGGGGUGGAUAUUUCUGGUGGUGGGUCACAACUGCCCAGAAGUGGCCAUUUCUUUUUUCUUCCUUUCUUUUAAAAAACGUUUCUCUAGAAAAGUCUUUAUUUUUUUCUUUCCGUUCCCUUUCUCUUCAGGAUUCUCGCCACCAAAAGAACACAUUAAACUCUGUGUCCCUCUUGAUUGUGACUUGCCAGUGUUGACAGUUAAAUCCUUAGUGUCUAGGUUCCAGCCCUCCAAUACUCUAUCAAACACUGUUAUGCACAUAAUGCAGCACUGUGAUCUAAUUUAAAUAAUACUUUUUUAUUAUUUAUACUACUAUAUAUAAUAUACAUCCACACUUUUGCUAUAUAACCUAAGUGAUAAUCCUCUUUCAGUUACCUGCCAAACUCUGGACUUUGGUUUCUAUUGCAGUUAACACAGUUACAAAGUUGUAAUGGUGUCUUUUAUUUUUUUUUCCCCCUCCUCUUUGUAAGGGAAUGUGUAAAUCAAAGUAUAUUCCUGGUGUGGUGUUCUUGUUCCUGGAGUUUCAUGCAGAUUUACACAUGGCAUUCAGUGUUGUGUAUAGACCCACUGCCUGGUGACUUCCUCUGUUCACCCCUCUUCCUUUGAGAGAGCCCGAUAAUGGUGGUUAACUCUUUGUCCUCUCUCUCUCUCUCUCUUUCUCUUACUGGUUAUUCUUGAAUUAAGCACAGACUCAUCAGCUCGGUUGCUUUAUCAUGAAUAAUGCGUGUGAUCCUGCGACUCUUCCACAGUUCAGCAGACAAGUGCUAGCCUCACUGACCAAAAACUAAGCGAGGAAAAUGACGAUUUUUAACAACCAUCCAUACGGCUGAAACCGAGGUGUUUAUGGUGCUGCCUCUUGCUGUCUAAAGCUGUCCUUUUGGCAAUCAGAUCUGAGUGAAAGAUCACUUCGGACUUAACUGUGAUAUGCUCACAAGUACCCUUCCUCUUUGUUUUGUUAGCGUUGGAAUCAAGACUAUUUAUUUGGAGAAACAUCAAGCUGUGUUUCCCACUAUAUUUCAUUUGCAAAACUUGAGAGCCACCUUCUCCAGCUUUUGCAAAUAAUUGAUAUUCCAUAUUGGAUUCUCAAAGACUUCGAUAUGGUGAACCUAGGAAACCUAAAAUUUCAUCCUUUCCCUGACUUGGCCUGAGUUCCCCAACAAUCCCCCCAAACCUCCCCUUUUUUUUUUUUUGAAGAUGAAACAUAGCACAAGUUCAGUUAUUUAAAUAUUCAGCGUUUCUUGAGUCUGUCCGUCGAGACCAUCAAAGCUCAUAACUGAUUCAAUAACCAGUUUCAUGCUGACAUUCUCACUCCUUACACUGCCCUGGUAUUAGUGGGGAGGAAAAAAAAGUAUCCGCGCGUGUCCGGGAAGCAUUCUACACUUGUAUAUUUUUUUAUACUCUGAUUCUGUAGCAUUUCUGGGUUGCGUUUGGUUUUUUUUUUUUUUUUUGGUUUCACAGAAAACAUACUAAUAAUAACAGUGAUUAAGGCAAUCAGAAGACCAAGAGGUUUACCGUCGAUGCUCAGCAUCGUCCGACCUUAGCCGGCCAAUAGCAGUCCGUGGCCAAAUCCAUUGACUAGAGUCAUAACUUUCCAAAAGCCAAUUUUUUUUUUCUGUAUUUUCUGUCUGAAACUGCCAAUAUCAUGACUAGAAAGGGAGAACGCUAAGGGAGAAAGAAAGUGAUUGUCCUGUUGGAUUUGUGUCACCUAAAGGAACAGCCUGAAGUGUGAUCAGCCAAACUUUAGGGACCCGGUGGUGUUGCUUGGGAGGCGCCCACAUUCGCAUUUCGCAUUCUUCAUAUGUAAUCAUAUUGCCAAAGACAAACUAUUUCAUCAUUUAUUGUAAAUAACACUUUCCCCCAGACCUACCAUAAAGUUUCUGUGAUGUAUUGUCUUCCAGUUGCAAUAAAAAUUACUGAGUUGCAUCAAUCGAAGAAAAAAAAAAAACACCACGUCGUAUUCUGUGCCCUGCGUCUCCAGAUGCAAACACUGAGCAGUAAAGUGAUUUUUCUUUCUUAAGCUGCA